AUGCAAUGGUUUUGUUGCAGGGUAGUGGUGAUUGGUCAAGAGAUCGAUCAAUCGGUGGCAUGUGUAUGCUCCCUGGACAGGACAUAUAUGCAUAUAUAUGUUAUAUAUGCCCCAAGGUUUGAUUUAAACUGUACCACUUUCGUUCAAGAAAGGGAGCGCGACCACUUUAAUCGAGCACGUAACAGGGCAUCAGAGGACUCCUGGAAGAAUCAGGCGAAUCCGAAUCCAGAUCGGCCUACCACCAUCUGGCACUACGCAGAACUCGAAUUACCCAAUGUUCAAAACACCAAUACUCUGCUGGUCCGCGUCAUAAUUGCAAAGGUUGAGAAUUUGCAACGCCUCCUCACCAUCCUUCGAGGCAUUCCAGUCAUUCAGAACGAUCCGAAUUGGAGAUGCCACAGCUGGUGCGCAAAUGCUUUGGCAGCGAUAGCGGCAGAUGGAACGGCCGUGGGGAGGGACCUCGAUAUUGGAUUGGCAGCGGAUAGAACCAGUUUGCGAGGCACUAUGUAG